AGUGCGCCUCAAGCGCUGCGGGCGUUUGUGUGUUUAAGAUUUUUACUUGAUUUGUGGCAAACAUUUAAUCAUUUUGAUUUGCCAUCGACUGCUUGUAAAUUAGCAUUAACACUUGCCAUUUGCACCGACAGCAUUGCUGUUGACUGUUGAUUAUGUAAGGUGCAGCAUAUUAUAAACUAAAGAAUUACACAACAUGGCGAAUAAUUUUUAUGCGCAGAUAGUUGAACGCGUGAAGUGAAUUACAACAAUUACCAUUAAGAUAAAACAAUUAAAAUAAAAUGAGCUUCAUACACCCCGAUGCCAGUUUAAUGGGCCCCAUAGGCAACAAUGAACGCCGUCUGUCAAUAGAGGAAGCCAGCAACAAGCAGACUGAGCUGCCAGCUGAGCUGCCCAAGUGUGGCAAAGUGGAGAUAAGGAUAGUGUUACUUAAAGUGCAGGCUGAAUCACCGUUGCUGCCACAUAAGCUGGAAGACAUCACACCAACUAAAGCUCAAAGCAACGCAACUGCACAUACAACAACAACAAUCACACCAAAAACUAGCAGCAGCCAGCACACACACAUAUCAGAAAGCAACCCAGGCACACCACAAAGAUCCCCCAAGAUUAGCUCCCACGCGGCGCAGCUUAGUCCAAGCCGUAAAACACCUUCACCUGCGCCCACGCUCAACAUUAACGAGAGUGAAACGAACAACAACAAUCAGGAAGAGUUGUACACGUGUCUGGAUAGCAAGACGCCCACCAGCGAGCAUACGCACAACUAUAAUCUUUAUCCGCACGAUACUUUCUCACGUCUGCAGGGGCAAGCACCCAAGCCAAAUAACAAAAUGCAGAGCAAGGUUGAUGCAGUGGGUCAAAUUACUGGCGAGUGGGGUAAAUGGCAACUACGCACCGUGCUGUUAAUCUUUCUAUGCAAGAUACCCUCGUCAUGGUUCAUGGCCUGCAUUAUUUUUACGGCACCAGCGCCCAGGCAUGGUGAAUUCUUCUGUAAGCCACCAGCUGCAGUGGGUGCUCAGAAUCAAACAAACUGGGUUAAAGUAUCGCAUCCGCAAAAGGAAGAAAAGGAUGAUCAAGAGUUUACGAUAGACUUUUGUAAUGUAUAUCAGGAUGCACAGGAUCACGCGCAUCACUAUUUCAACUACGAGGAUAGCGCCCAGGAGCCACGUGUCUGGGAGAAGCCACUGCACCGCAACGCCACCGUUAUACCCUGCACUGAGUUCCAGCAUGCCAGCGACUAUCACUCGGUGGUGACGCAAUACGAUUUGGUUUGCUCACGUGACAUACUCGUCUCGGUUACACAGUUCUUUCAUCUCUUCGGGGUCCUCACUGGUGGCAUAUUAGCCAAUCAUCUAUUGAAAUACUUCAGUCCACGCAGUGUUAUGUUGUUUGGUAUGAUUACCCAAAUCUUUUGCGGCAACCUUACAGGCCACGUGGCCUCCUAUGAGCUGCAUGUCUUCUUUCGCUGCCUUUCCGCGGUCUGCUGUGCUCAGAUGUAUACUGCUGGUGGCAUGAUAAUGGCGGACAUUACGGGCGGCAAGUAUCGCACUUAUGUCUCGACGCUGUUUGAACAGUUCUGGUCAAUUGGUGUCAUGAUGUUGCCGGGCGUGGCAAGCUUUUGGUCGAGCUGGUCCCAUCUCUACAUGGCCAUAUCCUGGCCCACUGUAAUACUCAUCUACUUGUGGCAAUGGAUACCAGAUUCACCGCGUUGGCUCAUCAAUCGUGGACGCGUGCAGGAGGCCAAGAAGAUAUUGAUCGAUUGUGCCGAUAUGAACGGAACGCGGUAUAGUUUGCCCCAGGAUAUUGAUCAGCAGCUGGAGUUGCAGGCACAAACAGCAAUGGAUGCACCACCACCUGCCGGCUGGUGGUCCCUUUGGAAGGGCGAAAAGGCUGUGCGCCACAUGAUUUGCGUCCACUUGUCCUGGUCGCUGUAUAUCAGUGUCUACUAUGGAUGUCUAUUGAACAUACGCUCGUUCAGUCGUGAGCAUCUUUAUAUCAACACCUUUGUGGCAGGCUUCUGUGAGAUGAUUGGAACCUUUAUUGGACUGGGUCUUAUUAUGAAGACCACACGAAAAUGGCUCUGGGCAGGCAUCUUUAAUAUUUUGGCUGGUUUCUUUGCCUGGUGCUGCUGGCUCGUGCCCAAGCCGGGCGUAGUUUCAUUGGACGCCAAUGUUGCCAUGCUUAUGUGCACUGCCAUGGUAUCAAAAAUAGCGAUAUCCACAUCACUAUCCAUACUGACCACCAGCACUGUGGAGCUGGUAAGCGCCGAUAAGAAGAAAAUUGCUGCAUUCUCAACCAUUUGCUGGGCACGCUUCUGGUUACUGGGCGCGCCAUUCAUAGGCUCGUUGGUUGUGGUAGGACAACUCAUACCACAGACUACCUAUACUGCAUUGGCCAUCAUUGGCGGCAUUUGCAUGAGCUUGAUUAGCAGUCCACGCACUCAUCCCAUAUCCAGGCCAGUGUCGCCUGCCUCGCAUUCAGCUCAAAAUAUGGCUUCACAGUUUACAGUUAUCGAUGGCAUGGACAACAAGGGCUAUGACUCUGGUUAUAAUCCGAAUGCAAAUACUAUUUUAACGACCAACACCUUUAAGAAACUGACUGCACCCCAAACGAAUCUGCCACCUCAACUAAUGCCUGGCGUUUGGACAACAAAGUUACACGAUUAAAAGCCGGUGACCAAAUUAUUGUCAAGUAUUUAACUACUAUCAGGGCUCUUACAAUCCUAACAAGCUAAGCAUUACCAAAUUUAUAGCUAGUUUUAAAGCUCGAAGCGCUUUUCGCUCUAUGUAAUGGCAGCUGACAAAAGUUAAGUACUCUAGAGAUCAUAUAUCAAGGACCACAACUUAUAUAUGUAAAUAUAUAUUGUACUUAACUAAACCAAACUUGAAUGCUCAAAUAUUCAAAGUAACAAUUAUUUUCUAAUAACUUAGCAACUUAAGAUCCCAUCCAUUUCAAUUAGAAAAGACGUUCGAAGCUGGCACAGUUAGAUAAAUGACAUAUGUAUAAGCUAUAGAAAGUACUUAGUUGGCAAUUAAUUUGAUAAAUCAUGUUGCAUGAAGUACUAAUUUAAAUCUAAUGAAAAGACACGGAUACAAAUGACUGUAGCGACAGCCAUAAAUGAAAGUCGUAUAGUGUUAUUUAGGUAAUGUGGAACAUGCUUUUUGAAUCCCAGUAUUAAUAUGCCAUCAAUUAAUAUUACUAUAAUAUAAAAUAUGUGUCUCUAUUUAUUACGUGUACCUAGCAUGCAUAUAAACGUAUGUAUGUAUGUAUAUCAACGAACUGCUGAUAAAUUGUACUUAUAAAGUCCUUUGAGAACUCAAAUGCUGUUCCACAUUAAAAGUGAUUGUGUUGCAAACACCUGGAGAGAAUUACAUGAAAGACAUAUAUAGUAAACAAAUUAGUUACUCACAAUAUUGUUUAGCACUAAUUCAUGAAAACAAUAACUUUUAUUCUAAUUAGUUACACGAAAAUAAUUAAAAAUUAAUUACUCUAAUACCAUUAUGUAUUACCUAGAGCAGCAUAGUAAUAAAAGCUUAAUUUUAUUAUUCAUCUGGUAAACUUUUUAAAUUAACUAAGUACCUAGUUCUGCAUAAGCACACAAUAUAUAUUAUACAAAAAACAAUAUUUAAUUCCUAUGCGCUUUAAGUCUUGUUAAAUGUUCGACAGUGUUUAUUAUAAUAUGAAAAGAAUUGUUAUGCGUGGCGAAGAGAACGAGCAAUAUUUUUUUAAUAA